AUGGCAACCAAAGUUUUCCCAUUAGAUGUGACUGAAGAUGACAGAGAAGUUGAACAACCCAAAGAUGAAUCAGCCAAGGGAAAGAGACCAUACAAGGUGUUUUUUAGAGAUCUCUUUCUUUUCAAAGAAAAUGAGUUGGAAGCCAAGAAAAAGGAAAAAUUUAUAAACCGUAGCAUGAAAGUCUACGAAAAAUCCACAUUUUCCUCCCGAAUGAAGAGUCGUUCGCAUCUGAGCCAGCUAACGUUCCGUGGUGAAACAAUGGGUUCAUUCGAAAAAUUUGGUCUCGAUCCUAGUCUCGUUCUCAGAUUAGCAGAAGGUACUGACUCAAAAAGAUCUGUCUAUGAAUUUAUCAAGGACCAAAGAGACAGGUUUCGUCUUGAGUAUGCUCUCUGUACCAAACAAAAUACUAUUAAAAAGUAUGAAAAAAGCAUGGCCCUGAGGGAAAAGCAGCUCCGGAAAGCAGAAAAGAGGCUUGAAAAUGAUGCAAUUGCUUUUGAAGAAUUCCUUCGAGACAAUGACCAGAAAUCUGUAGAUGCUCUCAAAACGGCAGCACAGGAAACUAUUAACAAACUCCAGAUGACAGCAGAACUGAAAAAAGCCACUAUGGAGGUGCAGGCAAUAAAAAGUGAAAUAGCAAAAGCAGAAUUCCUCCUUACAGAGUAUAUGAAAUAUGGAUAUUUUCUGCUGAAGUUGUCUCCAAAACAGUGGCAAAUCCAACAAGCAUCAAAAAGGUCACAGACAAACAAAACUAAGGAUACAAUAAGGCUUCUUCUUCCAAGAAUAUUAAAAAUAAUUUCAAGGAGAAAUGAAAGCAGUUCCGAUGAUCUCCGCGGGUCUUCGAUUUCCGAAGAAUCUUCAAAGAGCAGAGGUGCUACCCAAAUAGGAAAAAUAGCAAAGAAGCUCAUGUCAGCACAACAGAUUAAGAAAUCAACUCCACCAAAGGCACCAGAGAGCAUCAGCUCAGAAGACAGCUUGGAAUUCUUUUUAGAUGAUGAUAUCGAAUAUGAUCUGGAGCCAGAAAUUUAUUUCCGAGAACCAGAGGAGUUGCUUCAAGUCCUCACAGAGCUGGAAGAACAGAAUCUUACUUUGGUCCAAUACUCCCAAGAUAUUGAUGAAAAUCUUGAAGAUGUAAAUAAAAGAGAAAGAAUUAUACAGGAUAAAAUAAAUGGCAAUAUAGAGUUUAUUUUGGAGCAGAAGGAGCUGCUUAAGGCCAGCUGUGUGAGAGAAGAGGAAAAGGCUGCAGAGCUGGAAUUAAGGUCCCGGUUGUUUAGUUUUGGAGAAUUUAACUCAGAGGCUCAGGAAAAACUGAUAGACUCCCUGAGUAAAAAAAUAAAUCAAGUUUACAAAGUCUGCAUCGGAGAUGCUGAGGUAGGCAGCCUCACAUCAGUCCAAAAGCUGGUCAAAGUGGAGUCUCGUCUGGUCGAACUAAGUGAUCUCAUUGAUUCUAUUCCCCGGGAAAACGUGGAGGUAAUCGAGAGGAUAAAACAGAAGGAGAGGCGACAAAAGUUGCGUGAAGAGAAACUAAAAGAAAAACAAAAAUACCAGGAGGAAAGACUAAGAGCUGCCCUCGAAAGAGCUGUAGCACUGCCAAAGAAAAAGCUGGGAAGACGACUCAUCUAUCGUUCAAAGCCUCCUUCUGCUAACAGAACAGAGUUACUUUUAGUCAAGGACACAAGAGUAAGGACAAUGCAGGAUGACUACUUUUUUUCCUGA